AUGAGUGUUCUUUUAGAAACUACUGAAGGUAAUUUAGUCAUUGACUUGUUUGUCGACGAACAACCGCUAGCAUGCUAUAAUUUCCUUAAACUAUGCAAGUUGAAUUAUUAUUUCUUUACACCUUUUUAUGAUUUGCACAAGGACUUAAUUGUGACCAGUGGAGACCCAGAUUAUCCAGAAAGUACAGAUGGAAAUGCAAUUAACAAUUUUGGAGAUGUCAGUAUCAAUGAAGUAUCAAUAAAGCAGAAUAAGUAUCUUCCCAUCCCCAAUACUCAACACGAAUAUGGCGAUAAUGGAAUAGGUCUAGUAUCGUUCGUCACCAAAAAGGAUAUAGAUGGAAAAAAGUUGGUGAUCGGUUCGCAGUUUACAAUCAGUCUUACAGCAGAUGUUGCUAAUCUAAAGUCCUUUAACCAAGUAUAUUUUGGCAAAGUGGUGGAAGGAUUUCAAGUAUUGGAAAAAAUUAAUUUAUCGGUGGUUGAAAAUAUGGAAACGAGAAGAUUGUUGAAAGAUAUACGGAUCACCCAUACGCACAAUAUUUAUGACCCGUAUGUGGAUCCUAGCUUCAUGGAUAAGAAAAAGUCGACCGAAUUGCCUUCAGAUACACAGAUUGCCAAUAUGCGGAUUCCUGAAUUGGUUUCUGAAGCCAAACUAGAAGAUAGCUCAACAUACCUGGCUCUAGCAUUGGAAUUAAUGAACGAUUUGCCUCACUAUCAAAUUAAACCUUCGCCAAGGACUCUAUUUAUUGCAAAAUUAAAUCCUAUAACUACAUCGGAAUCGUUAAGUAUUAUAUUCAGCAGGUUUGGCAAUGUAAUUAAUUGCAAUGUGGUUGAAGAUCGCAAAACCAACAAAAGUUUAUGUUAUGGAUUCGUCGAAUUUGAAGACAAGCAGCAAGCUGAUCGGGCCUAUAGCAAAUUGAAAGAUGGUUGCAUUAUUGAUGGCAGAAAUGUGGUAAUAGAUUUUUCGCAAUCGGUGAAGAAUAUGAAACUACAGAGAUAA